AUGGCCAAGCUCUACCCCGUCCUCCUCGCCGCCUGCGCCGCCCUCCUGGCGCUCGCUGCGGCGCCGUCGACGCUCGCCGGCGACCCCGACAUGCUCCAGGACCUCUGCGUCGCCGACAACAUCUCCCUCCAGGGACCGCUGAGGGUGAACGGGUACCCGUGCAAGCCUGCGGAGAACGUGACGGCGGACGACUUCUUCUACGCCGGGCUGGCGAGCGCGGCCGACGUGUACGGCGGCGGCAACCCGAUGGGCUCCGUGGUGACCGCGGCGGACGUGGAGAGGCUCCCGGGGCUCAACACGCUGGGCGUGUCCAUGUCCCGGGUCGACUACGCGCCGUGGGGCGGCACGAACCCGCCGCACUCGCACCCGCGCGCCACCGAGAUCCUCUUCGUUGCCGAGGGGACCCUGCAGGUGGGCUUCGUCACCACCUCCGGCAGGCACAUCACCCGGGGCGUGCCCAAGGGCGGGGUCUUCGUGUUCCCGCGCGGCAUGAUGCACUACGAGCGCAGCGUCGGCGAGGCGCCCGCCGUGGCGAUCUCAGCGUUCGACAGCCAGCUCCCCGGCACGCAGAGGCUCGGCGAGGCAAUGUUCGGGGCGGCACCGGCGGUGCCGACGGACGUGCUGGCCCGGGCGCUGCAGACCGACGGCGGCGUGGUGGAAAGCAUCAGGUCCAAGUUCCAGCCAAAGUAG